GGAGAGCGCCGCGAAGACCGAGGGGCCGCAGCGCGCCAGAGAUCCGGCGCUUGCCGCCGUGCUCUCCACCGUCGAGCUGCGGACCCAGGGCCUCGCGGCGCCGGCCGCGGACACCGGCGCGCUGGGGGAUCUGCUCAAGCAGGCCGCGAGCGCCUAUGCGCCCGCCUACGCCGCCUUCAAGGCGCCCCCGGCCUCGAUCGCCAGGCGGAGCAUCCAGGAGCACCUCGUGCCGGAGGCCGACGCCUUCAAGUCGAUGUACGAGCUGGACCCGAUCAGGCAGGUGGACUCCGACCUGGAGCUGCUGCUGGCCCAGGCCGAGCUGGCCCAGGAGCGCCUGAUGGAGGCCGUGCUGAGCCUGCCCGCCGGCAGCGGGGCCGACUGGCCCGCCGGAGAGGCAUACUCGAAGCCCGCCCUCUUCCCCAUGGCCCUCUUCGCCCACAACCCGGGGGUGAAGGCGCAGGCCGCCGCGGAGGUGAAGGCGUACGUGCUCUACGGCCCGACCGACGGGGCCCAGGCGGGUCAGCACGUGCUCGACCUCGCACGCCUCUCGGUCGUCUUCGCGAGCUGGGACCUGCUCGAGUCGGGGGUGCAGCGCGCCAUGGAGCACCUUGACGUGCUGCAGGUGCGAUGCCAUGGCCGCUCGCAGGUCCACGACUGCUACGUGGAGGUGCUGGUCGCGGUGGACCUC